CAAGUUCCGAACGCAACCACUCAUACAAGCAGACCCAGCACCGUCCUCACAACAUAGUCCAUCCGUUCUUUCCGCUCCGAGCGCCAACCUCUCCCUUUCCCAUCAUCCUUCAAACACACAACCCUUCUCUGCCUGAAUCGUCACGUGACCUUCCGCUGACAAUCACGACUAUCUUUCAUCAGCAAUGGUCCUUGUUUGGGGCUGGAGGUCCAUUGAGCUUUGUCUACCGGGUCGCCAUUCGCAGCUCGACACUGAUUCCAAAUCACCCUGUUCCGGUGGGAGUUCCCAUAUUUUUUUUUUUUUUUUUGCUAAUCAAUUCCACUCUUGUAUUUUCCUGAUCUCUCCUCGGCCGACUACUGGAACAAACAACAAAUAGACAAUCCCGUCGUCGAGGUAACAACAAGACGAGAACAGUCACUUACAGGGCUGGGUGCCUGGCUUAUCAUCAGCCAUGACUGGCAAUCGGGCCAUUGACAUCAACGGUGGGGAGGACGAGGAUGAGGCACUGCGGAUUGCGAUUGCCCUGUCGCUGGGGAAGGAGCCGGAGCCACCUUCGUCGCCUCGCGGUCGGCCCGGGACGGACCAGGUGAUUGAUCUCACGCACGACGACGACGGCCACGCUGGCGAUUCCGGCAAGGGCAGCGCAGGGGAGGGCGAUGACGAUGUCGUCAUCUUGGCCGCCCACGGCGAUGUCGGCCGUUCUGGGCCUCGGCAGAAGGACGAGACGGCGACGGCGUCAACCGCGCAGCAGACGACUUCCGUGUCCGUAUUCUCCGCCCUAGGGCUGGAUCGGAGGAAAAUGGAGGAGGAGCGGCUGGCGAGGCUGAGCAAGAGGAAGGCAUCUUCUCAGGUUGGGGAUGACGGGCAGCCGGCUGCGAGACCAGCGCAACGGCCGAGGAUAGCGGAUGAAGAGAAGGGGGAAGUGACGUCGUUGGAGGGGAGGACGUCGACAGGGCAUGGCUCAUCAUCACCCUCGUCCAGACCGGAUCUACCGCUGAACCCGUCAAGGUCAUCGACAUGUCCCGGCCUCCACUUCCCCCGAGGCGUUGUCAAAAAGACCUGGGCGUACGGCCAGCCCCGGCGAGGCGACGACAUCAAGAUCGAGGAAGUUCUUCAGAAGCAGCACCUCCACCUCGCCGUCCUGAGCUCUUACCAGUGGGAUGAGGAGUGGAUGCUGUCCAAGAUCGACAUCGCGCGGACCAAGCUGAUCCUUGUGGCAUUUGCUGCCGACGAAGCGCAGAAAGAGGAGAUGAGGUCCAACGUGCCGCGCGACAGGAUCCGGUUCUGCUUCCCGCCCAUGCAUGGCAUUGGCUCGAUGCACUCCAAGUUGAUGCUGCUCAAGUACGAAAACUACCUGCGGAUUGUGGUGCCUACGGGGAACUUAAUGUCGUUUGACUGGGGGGAGACCGGGACUAUGGAAAACAUGGUGUUUAUUCUCGACCUCCCAAAAUUUGAAACCGCGGAGGGACGGGAGGCGCAGAAGCUCAACCGGUUCGCCGAUCAGCUCUUCUACUUUCUCCGCGCUCAAGGACUCGAUGAGAAGCUUGUAGACAGCUUACGCAACUACGACUUUACCGAGGCCGGUCGUUACGAAUUUGUGCACACAAUCCCGGGAUCUCAUACCGGAGACGAUGCCUUGAGAACAGGAUACUGCGGCCUUGGCCAGUCAGUUAACGCCCUGGUCGGCACUCGUUCAGAGCCCGUCGAGCUGGACCUUGUGUGCGCGUCUCUCGGGGCGGUCAACUACGGCCUGCUUACGUCGCUCUACUACGCUUGCCUGGGCGAUCCUCUUCGAGAGUACGAGGAGCGGGCGUCUGGGAGUCAGAGAAAUCGUGACGCGUUUACAAGCAGGGCAAUUUCCUUGGUUAAGGAACACAUGCGGAUAUUCUUUCCCUCGCGUGAGACGGUUCUACGGAGCAAGGGAGGAAAAGACGGCGCGGGAACAAUAUGUCUCCUGUCCAAGUGGUGGCAAGCCCCAACGUUUCCCCGGGAACUCGUACGAGACUGCAAGUCGGUCAGGCAGGGCGUGCUCAUGCACACCAAGGCCCUCUACGUUAGGCCCUGCAGUCCCACCUCGCAACAGUCCGGCCGCUGUUUUGCCUACGUAGGCAGCGCCAACCUCUCCGAGAGCGCCUGGGGCCGACUCUCCAGGGACCGCGCGUCGGGCAAGCCCAAGCUCACAUGCCGCAACUGGGAAUGCGGUGUCCUCCUCUGUACUGAUAGAACGGUGGAAGGAAGCAGCGGUGCGGGCAGCGACAACCUGGGCGUAUUUGACGGGUGCGUGCCGGUCCCAAUGGAGUGGCCAGGACGGGCCAUCUCUGGGGAGGGAGGGGAGGGGAUGGCGGCCAAGGACAAGGAUGCCAGGACGCCUUGGUUCUACGCGGAAGGGUGAAUACCCUAGUUCCGAUACCUCAAGCUUCCAGAAUCUUUGGAAUUGGGGCAAAAUGUCGUUUCUUGUUCCCAACAGAACCUAAUCCGUAUCGUUGUUUACUUGCCCCUUUGAAGGGCUCAGCCUAGCGGGAACCCCUGCAAUAGCCAAGCUUCACGCAGAUGAUUUCCAAAAACACGGAGUACGGAUUACCUUCCUACAAGUACGGAUCCGCUGCGUGCAAAAGGCAUCUUGACGUCGCCACUCGGCCCAAAGAGUCCACAGAUACAAC